AUGGGCAGCCGACCUGGCGGAACUCCAGACGUCCACGCCGACCGCCAUGGCCACCAGCAACUCCAGCGCCCCCAGAUACCCGCCUCCAUGUCUGCCCCCGCCGGCCGCCUGCCGCGCCUGCUGCCCGCGGACCUCUCCUCCUACACCGACUCGUACCUGCCGACUGCAGCCAUCCCACCGUCCGCGACUUCCCUCGCCGAGCUCGCCCACCUGAUCCGCCUCCAGGGCUACCAGGAGCAGCGCAAGACGCAUGCCCGCGUGCGCCUGCACCGCUGGCUGGUCUCGAGCGCCCUCUCUGCACGUCUGGUACACUGCGGCGAGCUGGCCUACCGCACGCUGGUCGACAACUUCCGCUCCGACGACAAGAAGUCGUUCGCCUCCCUCUACAACGCCCUCAACGAUGUCCGCAACUCGUGCGAUGCCACGCGGCAAUAUGCCCUCUUGGAGCCGGAUCUGGAGUUUGGCAAGUCCAAAAACUUCCGCAGCGAGAAGCCCCUCUCUGCUUCCACUUUCCUCAAUGAAGUACCGUCCAAGAUCCUGGACAACCUUCUCGAUUUCAUUUCCGAAAUCCGCACGAACCCAGAAUUUCUUGCUGCUCGUAUUUCCAGUCUUUCGCAGCAAGAGCUCACUUCUCUUACGUCUUUCCGUCAGACCAUGGACCCGAUUGACUCGGUCAUGUUUGCAAACGCCCGUAGCCGCAACGCUCCCUCGCAGAAGGCCCAACAGCAAGGAACAAGCCCGGUAGAGCGCCUGCUAUCUUUCCAGCGCCACGAUCCGCUGUCUGCCCUCGUGUACACCAUCUUCGCUAAUUCAUCCGGACCCGACUCGGCAGAGGACCUUCGCCGCACAGAUGUAUGGGCCACUGUUUGUGCUAAGCUGAUCAAGAACAACAACCCCAACUUCAUUCGCACUGUGCUCGAUGUCUGGGCCGGCAUGCGAGAAUGGCCCGGCAAGACCAACUUGGAGCUCUAUCUUAUGCAGACCCUUCAGGAUGGCCAGUUCCUGCUCGAGAAGCCCGAGGAGCAAGCCGCACGACCCGGAAUGCAAGCGACCCCGCGCUCCAGCAAGGACACCAUUGCAGCAGACGAGUUCUUUGACAAGGCUGUCAAGCGUCUGUUCGAGGUCGUUGACGAUGAGCCCAGUGCCGGUGGCAUUCCAGAAGGAGUCUUGGAGAUUGGAAAUGCCAUCCUGCGCAAAUUGGAGGACGAGAAGAGCUUGCGCAGGGCUUCCCAAAAUUUCUUUGUCUCGCGUUGGCUCUUCUCUACCUUCCUCAUGAACGCCAUCAUCCAUCCCGAGGCAUGUUUACCCUUUCUGACGCAAGACUGCGAAGCUAACACCAAACAGACCCAUGGCAUCAUGAUUGGCCACCACAUCAGUGAGCAUGCUCGCAUCAAGAUUCUGAAAGAGGUCGCCAUACGAGCACAGAAAUACGUCGUGAACAUGACCUACAACUGGAAGCAGAAAAACGAAAUCCUCCCAGAGAUCCGCACACACAUCGAGAACAUCCUGGCUCGGUUCAAGCACACCAAGACACCCUCGAAGCCUAUUUUGCUACCUGCAAAGGCCAUAACAUCACCCAGAGAAACUGUGGAAGUUCAGCCAUUCAUUGUCUUGUCACCAGCCGACAUUGUCACCCUGGUCAACGCUCUAUUCCCGGAGCGACGCCCGUCAUCCAGCCACAUGGACAAUGACAGCCAGCGCCGUACUGGUCUGGCUUCCUCUGCUUCUUCCAUGUCCGGAAUGUCGGUUCCAUUCCGCAAUGCCGCCGCUUCCGUGACUGACGCAAGCUCUAUCCUGAGUGCCAGUGCUUCUUCAAUGACUAGCGACCAGACCUCGCGCGAGCCACUCCUGGACAGCAACCCGGCAUCCGCCGAAUCACCGACAGAGAUGAAGCCUGCACCAACAGAGCAAUACGGAAGACAGCUGCGAAUGGCAUGUUCUGAGAUGACUCGUCUCCUAGGUUUCGAAGCCACAUCAGGUUCUUGCCAUCCGUGCGCAGAGCGAUGGGCUGUCCUUUACAUCUCCGCCGAUGGAAAGCAGCUGAAGCCGCGUAUGCGCAAAGACUUUGACGAUGAGGAUGAGCACGAUGAGGACUCACCAGACAGCGACAGCAGCGACGACGAAGAGGGCGGGAACAGGUUCGAUCUUGGCAACGACUACCACCAGCUGAAAGAGGCAAUCGCCAAGCUGGUGGAGGAGUACGAGAUUCCCAAAGAACUUGCGCCCGACAGCGAAUCGAAGAACUUCAGCAACCGAAUGACGACCCGCAAGAGCACUCGUGGACGUGGCCCAGUACGCAACGUCAGCGAAAACCUGGGAUCACGCAACCCAUACAAUUCGACCCAGAGCCAAAGCCAGCUUACCAACAUGAUUGCAAGUCAAAGAAACGUCUCGUCAAGGCGCUCACCACAGUUCCCGAGAAGCCACAGCAACCCGCAAAUUGGCGAGAAGCAAGAGAACAACUCAGUUCUCGUCACCAUGCUCGAGACUGCCAUGUACCAGUGCCAAGCACGAUCCGAUUUUGUCAAUGCGCACAUGUACUACAAGACAUUGCAGAGUCUGAAAAGACUUAGCUCUCCAACAUUGGUUAAGAACGGCUACGCGGCCCUUCUCAACUACUUCUCGCGCGGCCCGCGCGAUCUCCUCAGCAAGGCAGCCAAUGCCAUUGAAGAGUUCGAGGCCUGGUUCGUGUGGCUCAAGCAGUCCCAGGAGCGGUCAGACGGUAUGGUCGAAGAGAUGAUGCUCACGUUCAAGAACCUUCGAGACAAGAUGUGGUACAUCACAGAUGUCCGCACUUCCAAGCCAUAUGAAGACGCCAGGAACGUUGCGCUUGCUCUCAAGAUCAUGGACCAACAGUCAAAGAUGCUCAACGUCAGAGGCCCGUCAGGUUCCCAACCGCGAAACAGCAACAGCUUCUUACGCCAAAACGAAGCUCAGCUGGUUGACCUCAUGUCAGCUUCUCAAGAUUUCGGUGGCCCGAACAAGCUGUCAGACGAGCAGUCGCAAAUUACGCUGAAGUGGCUUAUGCAAUACAGCGUAGAGAACUUCUGCAAAGGCGAAGAGCGGAUACAUCGCUUCUGUCUCGAAGUCGACAAAUGCGUCACCAAGGUCAUUGGCGAGGGAGUUCUCGACGGGCCCGUGCUCUGGGCCAGCGAUCUCUACAAACGCGACCAGCAAAUUCUGGAGAGUGGACGACAAAAGGGCGACCUGUUCCUGACUGGUGUUGGCACUCUUUCCAUCGCCGGUGAUGAGGAGUACGAGACCCAUGGCCGACCUGGUUCCCGUAGCCAUGACUUUUCACAACGACCCAGUCAAGGUAGUCUGCGCGCCGCAGCCAACCGGAACGGAUCUUCCAGCUUCGACCAGAGCCCCUGGGGAAGAAAUCCCAUGGAUGCUCCGGAUUACUUUGGCGGUUCUUCGCCUGUUCAUGCAAUCGAUUCUAUGGCUACUUUCUGGUCACCGUUCCAGACUCAAGCGCAAUCUCCUACCAAUGCCACAAGCAUCCGACCACGUACCGCAUCAUCCUCGAAGGGCACGGUGAUGCUGAAGCAAUCUGCAAUGGUCAACGAAGACAAGCGCCGCUUCAUGCUCGAUCUGAAGCAAACACUCACAGGCCUGCUCCUGAGUGACCUCGGUACAAUGGUCUUCGCCAACGGCAGCGAGACCGACUCAUGGUUCGGUGGUGAUUUGCUAGACGACUGCUUCGAGCGUAGAGACGAGGAAGAACGGAAACGCAAGAAACAGCUUGCCAAGAAGAGCAUGAAGAACAUCCGGAAGCAGACCCUGCCCGAUUCACGCAAUCUGCCGCUGGAGACGCUCGGUCGUAACGAGCGUGGGACAGCUGCUCCACCUGUCGCAACCUUCCAACACGCCAGUGCAUCCGACGCUCACCAAUCUGCUGGCGAGCAAUCCUCGACUUCCAGCGACGCGACUUCGCGUUCAGUUGGCAAUGCCACAGCGAAGAAGGCUGGGCUACUCGAGUUUCCGUACAACGUUGCUUUCCGACGGCUGUUGGGCAGAUUCCAGACACAUCCCAACCCGUUCUCCAAGCUGCAUGCACUGUAUGAGCUGGAGCUGCUCAUCAUAGCAUCACUCUCUUCUAGGACAGGCCGCUCGUACAACAACCGCCGCGAGACUCUUCCCCCGGUUCCUCAAUCACCCACCCUUGGCACCAUGCCAGAGCUCAGUUCUCGUGAGCCAGCUACUCAGACCUCUCGGGCACAAAACCUCGAGGAAGCCAUCGCCAACUGCGAGGAGCGCCGCUCCCACAGUAUGAGCGUAGAACGUGUGAGCAACGCUUCACCUCUACCUCGCAACGGUGCACGCUCCCCGGUUGGACCACCAAGCACAGACAUGAUCGUCGAAGUCAUCCAAGGCCUCUUCCGCGACGCUAACAUCCGACCAAAGACCCUGUUCCGAGACCUGCAGUACAUUGCAUCCUUUGUGCCUGCGCAGAUGCUGGACAAGACUGCACGAGGCAAGGCAUUCUGGGAUGUCGGUCUCGCUGCUCUUGGCCUCAAGCAAGACGUCUGCAGAAUCAUGGUAGAGCUUGUCGAUGAGGUCAUCACCCAGAACUCGAAGCGAGAUGCAGGCAAAGUCAGCAGUGGAGCUACUGUCGAGAAGGCCGGUGCAUCGUCCACUACACCAGCUCCGGUUGAUGAGCCACUAUCUAAGUACACCAUGGAGGAUGCUGGACGCAUGCUCCUUAUCACUGCCAAAGAGGGCGACGCAGUGGCCGAGCGUGAGCUUGCCAUCUUCUACCUCACAUCGCCUGAGCUCGUUCAUCGCACAGUCCUGCCGCUCACCAGGCCCAGCGAGGUCUUCAAGACUGAGCUUCUCAACCGUGAGAGGAAGGCGUCGCAAGAUCCUGCCCGCAGCGACCCAAUGACCAUGUGUGUCGCGCAACACUGGAUGGAGCAGUCCAUGAAGGGCGGCGACCAGCUUGCCGCCAAGUACUUGCGCCAGCGCAGCGAGCUGGAGAACAUCAACCCGAGCAGGGCAUAG